AUGUAUGCUUAUAAACUAGCAAAGGAAGCAAUAGUUUCUGAGGUCAGUAGGCUUGUGAAUCCUCCUCGCCAAGCAAACCCUAGUCGCAAAACGACUUGCACUAUCUGUUUAGAUGAUAACAUCGACACAAAUCAGAUGUUUUGUGUUGAAAAAUGUCGUCAUGAGUUUUGCUCCAAGUGCGUGGAACGACAUAUAGAGGUGAGGCUACUCGAGGGAAGUGUGAUUAGAUGUCCUGCUUACCGUUGCAAAUCCAAGCUUACUUGGAGAAGCUGUGCCCAUCUUUUGACACCUAAACUAAAAAAGAUGUGGCAAGAAAGGAUCAAAGAGGACAAAAUUCCUAUAAAAAACAGAGUUUACUGCCCAAACCCGAGGUGUUCGGCUUUAAUGUCGAACGAGCUCUCCAAAUCUGCUAAAAUUUGGAGAUACUUGUCUAUUUCUACCAAAGAAGCUAGAGUUAGAAGACAAUGUUUUGAGUGUGGUCAACUCCUUUGCAUUAAAUGCAAAGUUCCUUGGCAUAGUGACUUGUCGUGCAACGAUUACAAGAGGUUAGGUCCAAAUCCUACAGAAGAUGAUAUAAAGCUCAAAGCUUUAGCGAAUAAGCAAUUGUGGCGUCAAUGUGGAAAUUGCCAAGAAAUGAUUGAACGUUCGGAAGGGUGCAUCAAAGUAACAUGCAGAUGUGGACAUAAGUUUUGCUACCAAUGUGGAGCUAAGGCUGGUGGUUGCUAUCAUGGUAUUUUGCAUGAAUAUCCCCCACCACCAUUGCGUUUUCAUGGAUAUUUUUUCCGAUGA